AAAAAAAACCUGGACCUCACACGUUGUGUUCCCCGCGUCUUCCAGGCAUUUGGGCCACCCACUAUCCUGAUGAAUAAUAAACACAGUGCUAUUAAAAUUUGGAUAAAAUAUAAAUAACGAAAAAUAAUGAAACCAAAAAAUACAACAAUACUCAUAAAGGGUAUUUAUAUUAUAUUUAUUAUAAUAAUUCUACAAUUAUCAAUUACUAUUGACAAAAUAUCAGCUGAAUAUAUAAAAACAAAUGUUACAAAUGAUUUCAUUGAUGAAAAUGAUAUAUGGAGUGAUAAAGAAAUAAGCCGGCGAAGUUUACCAAAAGAUUCAUAUCUGUCAAAUGUUGGUUUAUACUCAAUGAAUUGUGCCAGAGAUGCAAAAUGUAUUGAUGCUCCAAAUGCAACAUGUUUAGGAGCACCAUUGUCAUACAGCACAAUAUCAUUCGAUCUAUUACCAAAGUCAAUGUUACACAAUAACGUAUCAGAAACACUUUAUCUACUUCAAGGCUUAAGAUUUAUGCCAAAAUGUUGGGCAGUUGUUAGACCAUUUAUUUGCUCUUUAUUUAUGCCAAAAUGUUCAAAUAAUACAAUUGAAUUAUCAUCACCAAGUUAUUGUAAAAAAGUAACAACGAGAUGUAAAUUAUUGAUGAAUCAUCCAAUAUGGCCAAGCUUUAUUAAGUGUGAUAAUGAAACUUUAUUUCCAAAAUCAUGUCAAAAUGAACUUAGAGAUACAAAUUUAAAUUCUGGUAGUUGUCCAAAACCAUUAAUAUGGACUGAAAAUACAUUUGCUGUAUUUGAAGGUGUUGAAUCAUGUGCAAAACCAUGUGAAAAUCCAUUAUUUAGCCAAGAUGAACAUCAACAAAUUCAUUCAUUUAUUGCUUGGGGUGCUAGUAUUUGUGGUGGUUUAAAUUUAUUUACAAUAAUAACAUUUAUUAUUGGUUGGAAAAGUGCCAAUAAAUAUCCAGCAUUAGUUAUAUUUUAUAUAAAUUUUUGUUUUCUUAUAUCAUGUAUUGGAUGGUUGGUACAAUUUAUUCCUGGUAAUCGUGAACAUAUUGUUUGUCGUAAAGAUGGAACACCAAGAAUUGGUGAACCAAGUGGUGAAACAUUAAUGUGUGUUGGUGUAUUUAUAUCAAUUUAUUAUUCAUUAAUGGCAGCAACUGUUUGGUUUGUUAUAUUAACAUAUGCAUGGCAUAUGAGUUUUCAAGCAAUUGGUAAAAUUCAUGAUAAAAUUGAUAAAAAAGGUGCAUAUUUUCAUCUUAUGGCUUGGUCAUUUCCACUUGUAUUAACUGUUGCAAUAAUGGCCAUGGGAGAAAUUGAUGGUAAUAGUGCAACUGGUAUUUGUUUUGUUGGAUAUACUAAUCAUACUGUGAGAGGAUGGCUUGUACUUGGACCAAUUUUAACAGGAACACUUGUUGGUGGAUAUUUUUUAACUAGAGCUCUAAUAACACUGAUUUACUUGAAAAUAUCAAGUCAAAAAAUCAUAUCUGAACAUGCAAAUGCUAAAAUUCGUACGACAAUUAUUAGAAUGAUUCUAUUUACAAUAUUUACAUUGUCAACUGUUAUCAUUACUGUUUAUUGUCAUAUACAUGAAUUUUCAAAUUCAUGGAAAUGGAAUUCAAACUUCAGAGAAUACGUGAUAUGUUCAAUUACUGAAAAAUAUGGUGAUGAAUCAAAAUGUCGAUUGAGUUUCAAGCCAAGUGUACAAAGUGUACAACUUCAUUUGUUUGCUGUAUUUUUUGCUGGUGGUUUAAUGUCAACAUGGGUAUGGACAGAAUCUACAGUUGAUACAUGGGCUCGUUUUUUUCGUCGUAUAUUAAAUAAAGAAACAGAAGAGCCAAUAAAACUUCAAAAAUAUAAAGUUAUUCGUCAAGCAUUUGCUCAACGUAAAACAUUUAAUAAUGAUGGUCGUUUUUCUUUGAGUUUUCAUAAUACCCAUGAAGAUCCAGUUGGAUUAAAUUUUGAUUUUAAUUCAGAAGGUUCACAUGAUUUUAGUACAACAUGGGCAGCAGCAAUACCAAAAUUUGUAUUAAGAAGAGGUGCAAUAACUGGUGGCAAUCCAUCUGUAUCAAGUAAUCGUCGUAAUUCAGUUGAUUCAGAAAUAAGUUUUAGUGUAAGAUGUGUUUCUGUUGAAUCAAGAAGAAAUUCAUUAGAUUCACAAAUAUCAUUACACAUUGCUGAUUUUAAAGCAAGAAGAAAAGUUGAUUCAUCACAUCGUGGAAGACGUGGUAAACGAAGAAGAGAAUUUGGUAAAUCAAGAUCAACAAAAAUGGGACCAUUAUUUCGACGUGGUAGUACCACAUCACAAGAAAGCCAACUUAAUGCACAAAUUUUAUCAGCAAUGACUAUUGGUGGUAUAUCAACAAAUCAACAAGUACCAAAUAUGGAAAGAAGAUGGGCAACUGCUGGUUUAGAUGAAAAAACUUCAAAUAAAAUGGUAACUGAUGGUAAAAGUUUAGGAAUGUUAUUACCAUUUUUAUAUGGUGAUGAAAAUUUAAGUAGUGAAGAAAAAAAUAAUAUUGAUAUUGUUGAUAAAAAUAGAAAUAUUGAAGAUAAUGAUGAUACUAAAAAUGAUAAUAAUAGUGAUAGUGAUAGCAGUCAAGCUGAUGAAGAAACAAAAAUGUUAGAAAUUGAAGAACCACAAGAAACAAGUAAAAGUAAAAAUAGUAAUAAAAGUUUAAGAAAUCAAGAUGAUGUAAAAAAUAAAUAUUUUAUUCAAGAUGAAGAAAUUUUAAAGCAAUUUAUACAAAAUGAAUUAAAUAAUUGUACAAUUAAAUAUGAUAAUGAUAAAGAUAAACAUCGUAAAGCAGCUAUUGGUGAUUUAGCAUCAAGUAUAACAUCACAUUGUCCUGAAUUAACAAAAAUGAUUAAAUCAGAUGUACAAACAAAUUUACCAAAUUCAAUAAAUGCUAAAGAAAUGGCAACUCAAACAUCUUUACCUCUUGAAAUACUUGAAAUGGAAGCUGUUACUGAGAGCAUUGAUGAAAUAAUUAAUAAUAGAAAUUGUAGUUCGAAAAGUACACAAAUUUCUCCACAAUUAAAUAAAGGACAAAACAAAAAAAUUGAUGGUAAACAUACAUCUGGUAAAUCAACUAAAGAAUCACGACGUAAUGACAGAAACAAUAUGUAAAAAAAAACAUCAAUUAAUGACAA